AUGAUAAGAUUAUCCGGCUGCUUGUUGACCUGCGCCGUGCUUUUAAUCAGUAAUAUCUCGUGCAAGGAAUUGACGGAGCUCGAAGUUCUAUCCUCGCAACCUACUCGAUGCACUUAUGAGCACGCAUAUGACAUGUACGGGGCCCAUUGUGGUGGCCUCCGACUCAGCAAGAUUCCAUCUCUUAGGGGUGGUAUAGAGAUUCUAGACUUCAGUGAUAAUAAGUUGCAAGAAUUACACUCGGACACCUUGGCCUCUUACUCCAGCAUAAAAUACCUUUAUUUGGCCGAAAAUCAAAUAUACAUGAUCGAUAAAGACGCGUUCGCGUCCUUAACAUAUCUUCAGACGCUGGAUUUAUCGAAGAAUGUCAUUCUGGAAUUACCAAAUUCCAUUUUUCAAUUGCCGUCUUUGCGAAAGCUAUACUUAAGUGGAAACCCUUUGCUUCACUUGAGCCUCAAGGAUUUAAGUAUAACGAAACCCAUCCAGGCGCCGCUGGAACUUUUAGAUCUAUCAGAUUGCAAAAUAAAUCAGUUACCAGAUUGGGGAGUGUUACCAAAUCUGAUUCUUUACAACAUUUCACACAACCCGCUAAGAACGCUCGAAGCUCUACAAUUCAGUGUCAUGUGCAAGUUGGCAAAGGUUGAUAUAACAGAAUCCAUAGACACAAUUAAGAUAUGCGAAUUAAAAACUACGAUCACUUGGUUUCAAGAAAAACGCGUACACUUUCAAUUGAGCGAUUAUACUAGAUUAAAUUCAAGGGAGUUUGAAAAUUGUCCCAAAUCAGAAAUAUUUGCAACACUGAACGCUAGCUAUCACCAGUGUGAAGCAGUUUAUACACAGGUUCAGAACGUUAAAUCGUCCCGACGCACAUGGCUGACUAUAGGCGGCGGUUUAGCUGGCUUCCUUGUAGGAUUCGUCCUUCUCUUGUACAUAAUGCACAGGCAUAACGUCGCGCAGACGAAGAGAGCAGUGAAGAACAAAAAUAAAUUGGCUGUUAGGGAUAAGAACGCUACAGCUACUCUUAUAAACGUCUCU